CAUUGAGACGUUAGACACUGAGACGUUUUACAGUUUAAUGCUCACUCUCACAUCCUGGUGGAAAAAGCAGCGUAAUAAUACAUCCGCAGCACUAAGAGGACAUUCCUGGAACAGUGUACAUGGUGAACAAACACUUCGUAUCAGUUAAGUGAGGAAACAUAUUUACUUUUUUAAACUUAUCUGCGGGAUUAGAAAAUGCGCCCCUUCAUAUGGGACAGAUAUUCAUAUCAGUAAUGUUGGUAGCAGUAUUUAACAGCAGUUCCUUUCUUUAAUCUCACUACAAUAACACCAUGUGAACUAAUAACACACUCGUUUUACUCCCUAUAAGGCAUGACCCCGGCUUUCACUGAGACCAUGAGCGCCGGGCCACAGCGUGAGUCUGAUAUUUCUUCAGUUCCCUGCUUAGAUCACAAUAUGACAUUGAGCACAAUUUUUAAUGCGACUUCCCAGACUAAUUUUAGACUCCGUCCCCAUGCGACUCCUGCCAUCAGCAAUCUCAUAUCACACAGCUGAUAAAACGGUUUGCUGUAUAGGCGGGAUUUAUACAAUGACCCACGGUUUAUAAUGACACAACAUAUUUUUUUCUUUCUCUUAGUCACUCCAGCCUGAGAAGAGAAUUAUAUACAGACAAGGAUCAUGUCCUGGCACAAGGUCGGUUCGUUCCUGCGUGGCCUGUCCCGCAGGAAGCCUCUAGAACCCGAAGGCGAAGAGUCGACGUUCCGGCGGUGUCUCGGCACGGUAGACCUGGUGGCUCUCGGCGUGGGGAGCACGCUGGGCGCCGGCGUCUACGUGCUCUCUGGUGAGGUGGCCAGAUCUCUGUCUGGCCCCAGCAUCAUCAUCUCCUUCCUCAUCGCCGCUCUGGCCUCCAUCUUCGCCGGACUCUGCUACGCUGAAUUCGGCUCCCGCGUACCCAAGACGGGAUCGGCCUACCUCUACAGCUACGUGACUGUGGGCGAGGUGUGGGCUUUCAUCACGGGGUGGAACCUGCUGCUCUCCUACAUCAUAGGUGCCUCCAGCGUGGCCCGAGCCUGGAGUGGUACUUUUGAUGAUAUGAUCGGAAACGUGAUGUCGAAUUACUUCAGCAAACACGCAGCCAUGGGUCUUCCAGGCCUGGCUCCGUACCCAGACUUCUUUGCAGCUGGCCUUAUUAUGCUUCUGGCUGGUCUUCUUGCGUUUGGUGUGAAAGAAUCAACGACGGUCAACAAGGUCUUCACGAGCGUUAACAUACUGGUGUUGGUGUUCAUCAUCAUCACUGGCUUCAUCAAGGGGAAACUGGAGAACUGGUACAUCAGUGAGGAAACCUUACGGAACAUCACAGCAGAACUUGAAAACCUGACAUCCACGCUGAACGUGACCUCCGAGUUCGGGCGCGGCGGCUUUUUCCCAUACGGCUUUGAGGGCACGCUGGCCGGAGCUGCGACUUGUUUCUACGCGUUCGUAGGCUUUGACUGCAUUGCGACUACGGGUGAGGAAGUGAAGAACCCUCAGAAGUCCAUCCCGCUGGGGAUCGUCUUUGCGCUGCUGAUCUGUUUCCUGGCUUAUUUCGGCGUUUCAGCCGCUCUCACGCUGAUGAUGCCGUACUACCUGCUGAACAUCCACAGCCCUCUGCCAGUCGCCUUCACCUACGUGGGCUGGGCCACCGCCAAGUACGUCGUCGCUGUGGGAUCCCUCUGUGCGCUCUCUACUAGCCUGCUGGGGUCCAUGUUCCCGAUGCCUCGAGUGAUCUUCGCCAUGGCUAGAGACGGCCUCCUCUUUAAAGUGCUGCGUAAAGUCAGCUCGAGGCAAAGUCCCGCCAUGGCCACCCUCACCUCCGGCUCUGUGGCAGCUAUAAUGGCGCUGUUAUUCGACCUGAAGGCGCUGGUUGAUAUGAUGUCGAUCGGGACGCUGUUCGCCUACACCCUCGUGGCCAUUUGCAUUCUCAUACUGAGGUACCGUGAGAGUCCAUCUCUGGAGAAUGAAAUAAGCUUCACUCCACGGUCAAAGUUGGGGUUUUUAAAUCCCCCGUCGUACCCAACCAAGGAAACGUCGAACACCGUCAUCAUCUGCACCGUGUUUAUCAUCGUCUUGGUGGUGGUCCUGACCGUCCUGCUGUCCAAAGCCAUCACAUCACUGCUGCUGCUGGAGGUCUGGAGUCUGGUGUGUGUGUCUGUGAUCCUCUUCUUAAUGCUGCUCUGCACGCUGCUGAUCUGGAGGCAGCCUCAGAAUCCCACUAAAGCAGCCUUCAUGGUGCCUUUUCUGCCUUUACUUCCUGUGGUGAGUUCAUUCAUCAACAUUUACCUGAUGAUUCAGCUCGGAGGCGCCACCUGGAUCCGCUACGCCGUCUGGAUGGCUGUGGGACUCCUGAUCUACUUCGGGUACGGCGUGAGGAACAGCGUGCAGAAGCAGAGGCUGCUGGGAAACCUGAGCAACAUGGAAACUACAGAGGAAAUGCCAGAGAAAGACAUGACCAAAGGAUAACACUCAUAAGACCGGCGGCUGAUAGCCAAAUAAUACGUUUAACGAUCAUCUAAUUAUUGACAUAAUAAUAAUACGAGCAAUAACAAUUUUCUUUAACACGCGUGAAUGUACGAUAUAAUGGCGAGACAAUUUGCCGAUUGUGUGUAUGUGCUUUAAUAAAGAAAGGUUACAUAUUUUGAACAGAGCUGUCGACACACAGUGCUCUGAUAACUGAUGCUUUAUGGGCUGAUUUUUUACAAAUAUUCACCCCCACAAAAAAUAAAUAAAUAAAUAAAUUACAUAAAGCCCAAGCUUUACGUAAGAGCACUGUCGUAAAGCGGUUAUGAAUCCGUUCCUUUAUCUUUAUCCAAGUUCUUUAGGAAUCCAAACCGAGUGGGUCCGUAAACGGUUGGAAUUAAACUCGACUUCGGACGAGUUCGGAUCGAAGCGAAUAAUCACUGACAUGCUUUGGGAAAAUAAUGAAACAAAGCCCAACAGGGUUCUUACUAAAUACCACUUUAAUGCUUGAAACCUUCAAAAGAAGAACAUUCGUAAUAACGUAGAGAUUAGCAGUGA